UAAAGUGCACACUUAGUGGAAAAUACUUGAGCUGUAAAGUCGCAGACUUGAUUACAAAAAUAAAAAAUUACACAAUGCGGGCACCUCGAACGCUAUGCUCUUCCAUCACACUGCGCGUACUUUCUUUAAGAUUCGCAACAUGCAGCUGGCUCGCUCUGGCUGCCCUUCCAGUGCUCUCUUCCAGUUGUGCCAGCACGUUUUUGUUAUUUUUCUUACGUUUGCUUUGUCAGUUAUAAUUUAGACGGCAAAGCUGGCGGCGGCCGCGGCGACUGCGUUCCGCUAAACAUAAAUAUAUGUAUGUACGUACAUAUGUAUGUAUUUAUUUUGUAUUUACGGCAACAAGUUUUCAACUGGUGUUGAGAAAGUUCAACAGCUACGCGUGCGUCUCGGUCUCUCUCUCCCGCUCUCGGUCACACUCUCCUCUCGGCGUGUCUGUGUAUGUGUGCGCGUCAAUGUAACUGUGUUCGUGUUGAUUGGGCAUCACAACAAUUUGGAAAUUAAAAUACAAAGAUUUUCGUGCGCCUUUGCCGUUAUGCCCCAAUUGAUUUCCACUUGCGAGCGUUUCGAAAGGAAUACGACAUCAAAGAGCGAACUAGACACCCAUAUAAUUGAAACACAUAUUACAUGCAUACGUAAUUCACAAACACACGCAUAUUAAUUGCAUAUGUGUGUGUGUAUAUAAUUGAAAGCAAUUCGCAUGAAUCAUGAAAACUUGUUCAUAAAGGAAUCUAACUUUAAGCAAAUCGAACCAAUUCAAAGGAUAUUCCGGAACCAGAAUCUAUUGGCACUUGACACUUAGCUUUUGGAUAUUACAUUCACACCUGUAUCUUGAGUAUCCUGCGGAUGACGUAUAUAGACCCAGUCAGUAUGGCGGUUAUAUCAAUCGUGGCUACGAUGAUUUAGAUAGUUCCUUACUUUUCGCACAAUUCGAGGCCAUGAAUGAUGCUAGGAACAGUGGGGCCGUGCCGCCCUACACGGCCCACGGUCAUUGCGAUCCUCUGGCGGACGAUGAUGGAAACGAUGGGGCUGAUUCCGAGCAUCACGAUGAUGGGGACGAUGUGUUCAAGGACUGCGUCGACGAUGCCAUAGACGAGAAUGAUGAGCAGGCGCAUCACAGUCGCUGCCUGCCCGAGUUUCAGUUCUCGAUGGUCGAUUCGGAAUAUGACGAGACGCUGGCGUUUCCUGAUUCCGUAACGAUCUUGUCGACUGUGGGCGACAAGCCGGUGCUGGUGGAGCGCAAGGAGACGGACGACGAUGAUGAGGAGUUCGAUGACGAGAAUAGCGUGCUCCUACGCCAAGAAAUACCCUUCAUCAGCAUCUAUGGGACGAGUGUGAAGUUCAACUCGUUUCAGCGCAAGGUGUUCAUACCGGGCCGAGAGAUUCAUGUGCGAAUUGUCGACACGGAGCGGAGUGUGACGACUCAUCUGCUUAAUCCCAAUUUAUACACCAUCGAGCUCACGCAUGGCCCUUUCAAGUGGACCAUUAAGAGGCGCUAUAAGCACUUCAAUUCCUUACAUCAGCAGCUUAGCUUCUUCCGCACCUCGUUAAAUAUACCGUUUCCAAGUCGAGCGCACAAGGAGAAGCGCACCACCUUGAAGGCCGCUGCGAGUCAAAUGGCCGAUGAGUCCACUUUGAAGGAUCUGCCCGCCCACACCAAAGUCAAGCAUUCCAGCACCCCAAUUAGCAAUAGUCAAAAUCGCACCACCAACAACAACAACCUCAAUAAUAAUAGCAGUGGAGAUGCAGCUGGGCCUGGAAUCGUAGCCAAUAUCAUCAGUCCCACGCACAGUUCCAUUCUUGCCAGUUUCACGCCGCGUCGCAGUCAAAGGAAACACAAGAAAAAGAAGAGAAAACUUCCACGCUUUCCCAAUCGUCCGGAAAGCUUGAUCACAGUGGAGCAUCUACCGGUGCGGAUCAAACAACUCGAGGACUAUCUGUAUAAUUUACUCAAUAUUAGUUUGUAUCGAUACCAUCAUGAGACGCUUAACUUUGUGGAGGUGUCCAAUGUGUCAUUCGUCUCAGGUCUGGGCAUCAAGGGCAAGGAGGGCGUCAUAUUGAAGAGGACGGGUUCGACGAGGCCGGGCCAGGCGGGCUGCAAUUUUUUCGGGUGCUUUCAGCGCAAUUGCUGUGUGCGGUGCAAUUACUUCUGCUCGGAUGUGGUCUGCGGGACAUGGCGCAGCCGCUGGUUCUUCGUGAAGGAGACGUGCUUCGGCUACGUUCGGCCCACAGACGGUAGCAUUCGAGCGGUCAUUCUGUUCGAUCAGGGCUUCGACGUCUCCACGGGCAUCUACCAGACGGGCAUGCGCAAAGGCCUGCAGGUGCUCACGAACAGCCGCCACAUUGUGCUCAAGUGCUGGACGCGGCGCAAGUGCAAGGAGUGGAUGCAGUACCUCAAGAACACGGCGCACACCUACGCUCGCGACUUCACCUGCCCCAACCCGCACAUGUCGUACGCUCCCAUGCGCGCGAACACCCAGGCUGUCUGGUACGUGGAUGGAGCCCAGUACAUGGCCGCCGUGGCAGACGGUCUAGAGGCGGCCACGGAGGAGAUCUACAUUGCCGACUGGUGGCUCAGCCCCGAGAUCUACAUGAAGCGGCCCGCUCUGGACGGGGACUAUUGGCGACUGGACAAGAUCUUGUUGCGCAAGGCCAAGCAGGGCGUGCGGGUGUUUGUGCUGCUCUACAAGGAGGUGGAAAUGGCGCUCGGCAUCAACAGCUACUACAGCAAGUCCACACUGGCCAAGCACGAGAAUAUUAAGGUCAUGCGACAUCCGGACCAUGCGCGUGGGGGCAUCCUGCUGUGGGCGCACCACGAGAAGAUUGUUGUGAUAGACCAGACAUACGCAUUUAUAGGCGGCUUAGAUCUGUGCUACGGUCGCUGGGACGAUCGCUCGCAUCGGCUGACGGAUCUGGGCAGCAUUUCCACGGGUUCCGUUUCGGGGAGCACGCGACAGACGCCCAGCGGGCUCUUCAACAGGGACGACGAGGACUCGGCCUUUGGCUCCCGCAAGUCCUCGCGCAAUGCUCACUAUGAAACGCCAACCGCCAAGGAGGACACCAGUACUCAGCCAGCUCACGAGGAGCCCAAUUCGCCGGGCGUGGAGCUGCGAGUGCUAAAGCCAGGAGACCGCCUGCUCAUUCCAGACAUGCUCUCGGCAGCCUCCAGCGAGCUGGCCCUGGAGUCCACAGCGCUGGAGGGCAUGAAGCUGAACACGCCCGAGCUGGAGCGCAAGAAUAUGCUGGAUCGCCUGAAGAACAAUGCAAUGAAGGGCGCACGCAAGGGCAAGGACUUUAUGCAGCGAUUGACCACGAGCGAAGUGACGGAGAGCACAGAGACGGAGCCGGAGGCAGGAGCAGGUGCUGCCAUCUAUUGCAUAGAAACAGCUGAAACAGAGGUGAGCAAAGAGGAUAUGGCACAAACAUCCAGCUCAGCAGCAGCAGCAGCAGCUCGAGAUGGAGCUGGAGCUUGUACGGGGUCUGGAGCGGAGGCUAACACACAGAUACAUAGCGAAUUUUAUGGCCAGGCAAAGUAUUGGUUCGGAAAGGACUAUUCUAACUUUAUACUCAAGGAUUGGAUGAAUCUGAAUGCGCCCUUCGUGGACAUCAUCGACCGCACCACCACGCCCCGCAUGCCCUGGCAUGACGUCGGCCUCUGUGUGGUCGGCGCCUCCGCUCGCGAUGUGGCCCGUCACUUCAUACAGCGCUGGAAUGCCAUGAAGCUGGAGAAGCUGCGGGACAACGUGCGCUAUCCCUAUCUGAUGCCGAAGAGCUAUCACCAGAUUCGACUCAAUGCGCAGUUGCAGCAGCUGCAGCAGCGGCGUCAGCAGCGAGUCACCUGUCAGCUGCUGCGCAGCGCCUCGGCCUGGAGCUGCGGCUUCAUCGAGCCGGAUCUGGUCGAGCAGAGCAUACACGAUGCCUACAUCGAGACAAUUACGAAAGCCCAGCAUUAUGUCUAUAUAGAGAAUCAGUUCUUUAUCACCAUGCAGCUGGGCUUGGGAGUCUCGGGAACGUUCAAUGUGCGAAAUCAGAUCGGGGAGACACUCUUCAAACGGAUCGUGCGUGCCCACAAGGAACGCAAACCGUUUCGUGUCUAUGUGAUAAUGCCGUUAUUGCCAGGCUUUGAGGGAGAUGUGGGCGGCAGUACGGGCAUUGCAGUGCGUGCUAUCACCCACUGGAACUAUGCAUCCAUAUCCAGAGGUCGCACUGCAAUUUUGACACGCCUUCAGGAGGCGGGAAUCACACAGCCCGAGAACUAUAUAUCCUUCCACAGUCUACGAAAUCAUUCCUAUCUGAAUAAUACGCCAAUCACGGAGCUGAUCUACGUCCACUCCAAGCUGUUGAUCGUCGAUGAUCGUGUUGUAAUUUGUGGCUCGGCGAAUAUCAACGAUCGCUCGAUGAUUGGCAAACGGGAUUCGGAAAUCGCUGCCAUUAUCAUGGAUGAGGAGUACGAGGACGGACGCAUGAAUGGCAAGAAGUAUCCGAGUGGCAUCUUCGCUGGAAGAUUGCGAAAGUAUUUGUUCAAAGAACAUCUAGGCCUAUUGGAUCCGGAUAGCUCGAUGCGCUCUGACCUGAACAUUAGCGAUCCGAUUUGUGAUCAGUUCUGGCACAAUACCUGGCGUCGUAUAUCGACGAGAAAUACGGAGAUCUACGACGAGGUUUUCAAGUGUAUUCCGACGGAUUUUGUGAAGACCUUUGCUAGUCUGCGAAAAUAUCAGGAGGACCCGCCGAUGUCGAAAACUGAGCCAGAGUUGGCCGCCAAGCGGGCAACGGAAAUUCAGGGUCAUCUGGUUAAUCUGCCGCUGGAGUUCCUCAACAAAGAGGUGCUAACGCCGCCCGGAACCAGCAAGGAGGGCCUUAUACCUACCUCUGUAUGGACAUAGUCUGCCAAAAGUCUUUAAGACGUAACGUAAUUUAGUGAAAUUAUCAAAACUGGUUGUAAGUACAGUUGCCACCAAAAUUAUGGAUGCGCAUUUUUAGGUUAGAUUUCUAUUUAUGCAACCCACCAAAAUGCGCUUAGACCUUAGACCUGUUGCUGUUGCCAAGUCAAGUCAAAUGAAAAAGGAAUUGUACAUACAUUUAUAUACAUGCAUAGAACGUACAUAUAUAAUAUAUAUAAUAUUGUUUGUGUAGUCGUCUGUGUUUUGCCUUACAGCUAGUUAAUUUAUUUUAUGGUAUAUCGACGUUCCCCUAUUACGAUUAAGUUUUGUUUAUUGUUAAUGUUUGUAAUUUUAAAAACAGUAUUCUAGACAAACUAAAGCGCAAUUAAACAAGUUUUUAAUAAAAAUUCGUAAAUAUCCUAAAAUA